UGGCAGAAACGUAAAUGACUAAAAAAACGUGUCUUUGUAGGUAAGACCAAAGAAAGAGGGGUUUGAGAGAGAAGUAAAGAAAGAACACACACGGUGUGGUCGCAAUCCAUGUUGAUCUUCAUGACAAGGCGCGCGAACCCAAUAUAUCAUUAAAAAACCUUUCUCAUCUCUCUUCUUCAUUAAUCCAUCUCACACAUUACAUUCUUCUUCUUCUACUCUCCCUCUCUCUCUCUCUCUCUCUCUCAAAAACACUAACAAAGCGGUGGUGGAUUGAAUUUCCCGACGAUUCUUAAUGAGUCGAUCGAUCGAGCAGCCUCCUCCGCCGCCGCCGUCGCCGUUGCUGUCCGAUCAUUCAUUUCAGACUUCUAACUCAAGGAGUGUGUUUUCUGGGAGUAGUUCUCAUCGCUUCAUGGACCCUGACGUGAUCGAAAUUCCACCACCACCAACUCAUAAUAAGCCUUCUAAUUUGUUGAAGCAGAAGAAAGAGGCCAUUGUUCCGGAUGUGAUUGACAUCGACAACGAUGAGGAUUCAUCAGAUUUAGUGUUAGUUGGUGAAAAAGUUGUUAAGAUGAAUAAGGGGAAGACCAUUGAAUCCGUUCACAAUGGUUAUGGUGAUCAUCAAACUAUGGAAGACUUUGAUAAUAUAUAUUUUCCAUCUGUGAUUGACAAAUCUGGACCAAGUAGCAGGGUCGAGUCUUCCAACGGUUAUACUUCUGUAUCAAAUAAUGUAAUCAACAUUGAUGGGGAUGGUUCUGACCACUCAUAUGAUGAUGAUGGUGAUGAUGUUGAUGACUUCUCUGAUCUUUUUAUGGAUGAUUACAUGGACGUAGAUAAUUAUACUUUACUACAGGAGCAUUUUGAUAAUGCGAAUAUACCUCCUGGUAUUGAGGCACCUGUUCCUUGGUUGAAAGAAUAUGAUCUAGGUUCAAAUAAGAAUGAAAGUAGUUUAUUCUAUCCUAGCUUGCAUAUUCCGCAAUCUGAUUCUAAAAAUUCUCAAGUUAGUGGCUUUUUUCAGCCUACAUGGCCAUUAGAGCCUAUUAAGCCUGAAAUUCAAGGACCUACUGAAAGUAAUUCUAGUGUGCAAAAUAAAAUCGUAUGUGUUGAUCAUAUUUCCAAAUUAGAAUUACCUUCUCAGUUAUUUUCUCAAUCUGUCCCCAGUAAGAAAAAAUUCGAUUUCACACAGAGCAGGAGACGCAAGUUAAAGUUGGCAUUAGGAGCGGAGUCAUCUACAUCUAAUUUAUUUUUAGGACCUUCUGGUAAAAAGAAGCCUUAUGUUUUUGAUUCUUCAACUAACUUUAGCUCUUUAGACAACUCAGCGGCCAUGAAGCUGCCACAUGGAGGUGAGUCACCACAUUGGAAACUACUUGAAAGUGCAAAGAAAGCAGCUGCAACUGCAAGUCUUGGUUCACAUCAUUCAAAUUUCUUUGGACCUGUAGAUGGACCAUUUCCUUUUCCGGGAACUGAUUUUGUAAAUCCUUGGUUGAGUUCUUCUCAUUUUAAUCCAUAUCCAAGUUAUACAGCUAAUCCAGGUUUUUUUAAUCCAUUUGUUCCUCUUCAUGCCACACCUGAGCAACUGUUCAAUAACCCUUGGGUUCACAAUUCUGCAAAAGAUGGAAAUAAUGGCACAACCGCUGAUAGUACUGUCGUGACCAUCUCUGAUGAAGUCAGAGAUGAAAUUCUGAAGAAAUUUCAAAACUUUAAGCAAUUUGACACUAUUGAUGACACAUCAGACCAUUACUUUGUUCGCACCAACUCUUCCAUGACGCAGCAUUCAAAGAAUUGGGUUAAAAGAAUUCAGGAAGAAUGGAAGUUACUGGAGAAGGAUUUACCAGAUUCAAUAUUUGUCAGAGUUUACGAAUCGAGAAUAGAUCUGUUGAGGGCUGUGAUUAUUGGAGCAGAGGGAACUCCUUAUCAUGAUGGCCUUUUCUUUUUUGAUGUUUUCUUUCCCAGUGGCUUUCCUAAUGUACCUCCGCAAGUCUACUACCACUCUGGUGGACUUCGACUCAACCCAAAUUUAUAUAAUUGUGGCAAAGUGUGCCUUAGUCUACUUAACACCUGGUCUGGCAAUAAAAAUGAGAAGUGGCUCCCAGGCGUUUCGACAAUUUUACAGGUCCUGGUCUCCAUACAAGGUCUAAUCUUAAAUACAAAGCCUUACUUUAAUGAGCCUGGAUAUGCACGUCUGAGUGGUUCUGCAGAGGGUGAAAUGAGAUCCCUGCGGUAUAAUGAAGACACUUUUCUCUCAUCAUUGAGGACAAUGGUUUAUCUGAUAAGAAGGCCUCCAAAGAGUUUCGAGGACUUCGUUAAAGGUCACUUCUGCAGCCGAGCUCAGGAUAUUCUGGUGGCUUGUAAAGCAUACAUGGAUGGUGCUCAAGUUGGCUGUUUGGUCAAAGGUGGGGUUCAGGAUGUUGAUCAGGGUGACAAGAGCUGCUCAAAGGAGUUUAAGAAUUCUUUAGCUGCAUAUGUGGAUAUGCUUGUUAAAGAGUUUACACAAGUUGGAGCCAGGGACUGUGAUAAAUUCUUGUCUUCAUCAACGGUAAGCAACAAGCCGUCGGAAUAAUUGUCAUUGGCUGCUACAUUUUCUUGAUAAAACCAAUUUUGAAACUACAUAAAGGAUUAUUAUAUUUUAACUGAAUAGCUUAUUUAUGUUUUAUGUUGCAUUGUUGAACCCUUGUUUAUAUAGACUAUCUUAUUUUGAUGAACAAUGGCCUGCACAUAGUUCUUGAUAUUGUAUAUACUAUAUAUAUAGUUGCAGAUGAAUUAUUAAUGAAUUCUUAGGAUGGCAAAAUAUCCUUCAUCAGUAUAUUCUGGUUUAUCUCUUUCUUUGCUUA